ACAAAUUCAUCAUCCAUAAACUCUCCCCUCUACAGCUCUACUCUACCAAUCCUCUCUUUCAGUCCUCAAUCGGAAACUCAUGUCAAUCCCCACUAAAAUUCCCAUUUCUUCCCUCUUUCAUCGCUCCGCCGCUCCAUUCUUCAACCCCACCAAAAUCCCCACUCCACCUCACCGAUUCCUCUUCUCCAAGACCAUCACCAAAAGAAUUUCCUCAAACCAACCCCUCCUCUCCUCCCCUCCCUCCUCUUCCUCCCUGCAACGCGUCGAGGAGCUCCCGCCCAAGCUCCAAGAAAUCGUCAAACUGUUCCAGGCCGUUCAAGAGCCCAAAGCCAAGUACGAACAGCUGCUAUUCUAUGGCAGAAAUCUCAACGCCCUCGAUUCCAAGUACAAAACCACCGAAAACAAGGUCCAAGGCUGCGUGUCUCAGGUUUGGGUCAGAGCCUAUUUCGACGAGGAUAAAAAUGUGAUCUUUGAAGCGGAUUCGGAUUCGAUGCUCACGAAAGGGCUCGCAGCUUUGCUCGUCCAAGGCCUCUCGGGCCGGCCCGUGGAGGAGAUUGUUAGGGUUUCGCCCGAUUUCGCGACGCUUCUGGGGCUGCAGCAGAGCUUAACCCCAUCUCGGAAUAAUGGAUUCUUGAAUAUGUUGAAAUUGAUGCAGAAGAAGGCCUUGCAAUUGUAUGUUGAAGCCGAGAGAGGUGAAAGCCCUAGCUCUGGUGUCUCAGGAAUUGGGGAUUCUGCAAUUAGCGAUGGUGGAGAGGGGGAAAGUGAAAUUGGUGGAGAUUUGAGGGAGGAUUUGGGGGGUAAUAGCGAAUUGGGUAGUAGGGGAAGGAGGAUUGAGGAGAUUUUGAAGGAGCUAAGGCCAACUGCAAUACAUGUUGAGGAUAUUUCUUAUCAGCAUGCCGGCCAUUCCGGGGUGGCUGGUAGCGAUGGAGAGACACAUUUCAAUGUGGAGGUGAUUUCUGAGGAGUUUGAAGGGAAGAGUUUGGUUAAAAGGCAUAGAAUGGUUUACAGCUUGUUGCAAGAUGAGUUGCAGAGUGGACUACAUGCCUUGUCUAUCGUUGCCAAGACGCCAUCUGAAGCUGUAGCUCAGUGAUGAAGAUGAUCACAUACAGUUUGAUUAUAGUUUUUACACAUAGUUAUGCCACAAAAUAAUGGAAUUUUAUGCAUAAUGCUGAGUUGUUUCAUAUUGGAUGGAUAUAACUUGUAUUGCCUAUUAAUUUUCACUUAUCAGUUAUCAAUUCUUGAGUUACUUCAA